UGAAACAAGAAGGAAAUCAAUUUUCAAGGUGGCAGUCAACUUCGAGAGAUAUGCUCUCAGUUAUAGCAAGCACCACCUGAUAAGGAUGAGGUCUUUAGAAGUGAUCAAAAGCCGCAAAAUGGUACUGGUUUUUAAAAAAGCCCACCGACAAAGUGCCAAUGACUUCUAUUUCGGAGAACAAGAAUUGCAAGCGAGCAUGAAAGUUUCCUCAGCAAAUUUUGCGAACAAUGUGUCGCUGGUUGUUGGGAUUGUGUACACAGAUCUCCAUGAAGUACUACUCACAGAUCAACCCAUCAGGGAUAAAACAGGAAAAGAAAGGCAUUUGGACUCCAGGAUAAUAGCUGUAGCUAUGGAUCCAAAACCGGAAGCAUUGCAAGAAAAUGUCAUCCUCAAGUUCAGAAAUCUCAGGGCUGAUGAAGGAGAGAAGAAAUGCGUGUUUUGGAGUGGCUUCAGUGAAAGCUCAGACGGAUAUUCAGAGAGAGGAUGUCACGUUGUAAAAUCGAAAAAACACUUCCCAGACACAGUUUGCAGCUGCAAUCAUUUGACCCAUUUUGCCGUUUUAGUCGAUUACAACGGUAGCCCUAAGCUCACCGAGAAGGACACAACCAUACUGGAAAUUAUCACUUACGUAGGAUUAAGCCUUUCCACGACGGGGAUACUUUUGACAAUUAUAGCCUAUUACUUCCUCACUGAUGUUGAUCAACCUCUGUCUCAAAUACGUUUGAAUCUCUCUGUGGCCAUCGGAGCUGGACAAAUAAUCUUUCUCGCCGGGAUAAACUCCACGAGAGACACGACUGCUUGUGUCGCAGUAGCAGCUCUGACGCAGUAUUUCCUAAUGGCUGCUUUCUGUUGGAUGCUGAUCGAAGCAAUUUAUCUCUAUCUGCUUGUUGUGAAAGUUUACAACAUCACCGAAAAGAUACACAUGUUUCACGUCAUCUCAUGGGGUUUACCCAUCAUCAUGGUCGGUAUUUCAUUAAGCAUCGCUGCUGGAAAAGAGGAAAUUCAAAGCUAUACCAGUGAUAAAUACUGCUGGCUGUCCUCCGCUGACAACCUGAUCUGGAUAUUCAUCGCAUUUGUGGCGUUCAUUGAAGGUCUCAACAUUUUGAUACUGGUCCGAGUCAUAAAGGAGAUGACCACACUUGUACAACCUAUAGAAGAAGCCAACCAUAUUCAGCAAAUACGACUUGGCGUAAGAACAUGCCUAGUGAUGUUUCCACUGCUGGGCGUUACGUGGCUAUUUGGUCUUUUUUUACCAUUACACAAAGCUUUCGCCUACAUUUUCACCAUCUUCAAUUCUACUCAGGGUUUCCUGAUUUUCGCCCUUCACUGCUUGCGAAACAGCCAGAUUAGAGAGCGAUUGAAAAGGAAGAUGAACACCAUUUUCCCAGCUACUGUGGAUCAUGGAAAGAAAACCUCAAAAAUUGAUCCAAAUGAUGCCGGCGAUAUGUGGGCAGUUGAAUUGCAGUCUUUCAAUGAGUAG